UGUGAACUCAUAGAUGAAUAUUGAUUAACGAAAACACGCUUCGUUGGUCUGUGUUUCUGGGUGACGAGAGUUAGUAUUUUUCUAUAGUAGGCUACACACAGGGAAGGAAACUUCAAGAAAUUAAGGGUGAACCGUUGUAACUAUUUCAUCGUAAGUAUUGUUAUCAGUCUUGGCUGGAACAUAGUCUGUGGCCGUCAUCUUUCAAAAUGAUGGACGAAGUAGACUCAGGGUUUAAGCCUAAUCUCACAAACACUCCAGAGAUGCUAGUGGAAGUCAUGAAAAGCAGGGGAGCCGAAGCUGCUGCUGUUAUCGAAGAAAAGUUUGGAGAUGUUCAGCACUUGAUUCAUGAGCUUCAAACCUCGGUGAGCAGGGGAAUAAUUGGGAUACGCGAGGAGGUGAUGCACAGGCGUGAAAAGUUUGGAAAAAACUUUAUGCCUCUGGAACCACCUAGACCUUUUCUAGAAUAUCUCUUUUGUGCUUUGAAGGACUGGGUGAUAUUGAUUUUAUUUAUAGGAGCUUUACUCUCUGUAAUUCUGGGAGCUGUCUUUCCUGAGAAAUGUGAGGAUCAGGAUGGUUUAGCUGUAGCAAUGUACGAGGGUAUCGGAAUCAUGAGUACCAUUGUCAUAAUGAUUCUGCUGGUGGCUUUUAGUGACUAUCUUAAAGAAAGUCAUUUCCACAGUUUGCAGUUCAAGAUCAACAGAGAACGUAAAGUAAAGAUUAUCCGAGGAGGCAUCGUAUUAGACCUUCUUGCUUCAGAGGUGGUUGUGGGUGAUCUGUGCCUGUUGAAUAAAGGAACUCUCAUCCCAGCUGAUGGAGUGGUUGUUCAGGUGAACGAUCUUCUUGUCAAUGAAUCAGCUUUGACAGGCAAGAAGAGUAUGGUGUCCAAAGAGAUAGACCCCCUGGUAUUUUGUGGUACCCAUGUUGUAAAUGGAAGUGGCAAAAUGAUUGUAUUGGCUGUUGGUUGUAAUACACAGAUCUACAAGAGCAACAAUCAGUCUCCCUCAUCACCCACUACAACUAUUACAUUCAAGGCAGUUUUCCCUGAUGAAGAAGAUUUGAAUAUUAACUCAGUUUCUUUUGACCACAAGGAAGAUAAUGCCAUGCUCCAACAAAAAGUUAAUAAGGUUGAAGUUGCUCUUGGUUAUAUCAGCAUCAUUCUAGCAAUAAUUACCAUCUUAGUUCUGGUCAUUCACUUAAGUGUGCACACCUUCUCUACACAAGGAAAGUCCUUUGAGGUCAGUCUUGUCAAUGAAUACAUCAGGUCCCUAAUCAUAGGUUUUGUUGUGCUCAUCAUUACUGUCCCAGAAGCCCUCUCUCUAGUGGUGUCAUCCUGUCUCGCAUUCUGUGUCAAGGAGAUGUACUAUGACAAAGCAUUGGUGCGACAUGUGGACAUGUUAGAAACAAUGGGAAAUAUCACAAAUAUCUGCUGUAACAAGACAGGGGUUCUUACUCAGAAUCGCAUGGUAGUACAAAAGAGCUACAUUGGUGAAAAAGUCUACGUUUCUGAGGGGGACCUGAGGCAGUUUAAAAGCAGCACUCCAAAGAACAUGUUUGAAGAUCUCUGUAAGGCUAUAUCCGUUAACACGAGUUAUUCUGCACAGAUCUUGGAGGAAGGAGAGGAUAACAUUCCUAAGCAGAGUGGUGACAGGAUUGAUGCUGCCCUGUUACAGUAUCUUUUCCAGUUUGGAGAGUACUACCAGUCUUGGAGAGAUGACUACCCCCAGAGCAAAUUAAUCAAGGUGUUUGAGUUCACACCUGACCGCAAAUGUAUGAGUACUAUCAUCAAUGAUGAUCAUGGAGGCUAUCAUGUGUAUUCCAAAGGAGCUGCUGAAGUACUGCUUCAACAUUGCAGUCAUGUUGUUGGCAUCAAUGGGGAGCUGAAAGAAUUUACUAAGGAAGAUGUAGAGAAUCUGUCAAGAGAUGUGAUUGACCAAUGGCAGAAAGAGGGAUUGCGCAUUCUUUGUCUAACAACAAAAUAUAUAUCUUUUGAAGAUGGUGAGGAGCUAUUGAAGAAAAAAGAAAGUGAAAUUUUGUCAAGUUUGACACUCCAGGGGAUUGUUGGCAUCAAUGAUCCAGUUAGAGAACAGGUACCAUAUGCAAUUGGGCAAUGUCAGAGAGCUGGUAUAACUGUGCGCAUGGUGACUGGUGACAAUGUAAUCACUGCUACAUCUGUUGCUGUCAAAUGUGGCAUCAUCAAUAAAUCCGAUGAAGAGAGUUAUGUGUAUGAUGGGAAAGAGUUCAACUCCUAUAUCCACGACCCUGACAAAACGAUUAAUACUGACCGGUUUAAUACCAUGUUGCCCAAGCUAUGUGUACUGGCAAGAGCAACACCCUUAGAUAAGUACGUUUUAGUGAAAGGAAUGAUGGAAAGUCAUGUAAAAAGUGCUGGAGAGAUUGUGGCUGUGACUGGAUCAGGAGCUAAUGAUGGGCCAGUCUUAAGAAUGGCAGAUGUUGGUUUCACCAUGGGAGUGGCAGGAACAGACAUUGCUAAGGAAGCCUCUGAUGUCAUCUUGUUAAAUGAUGACUUCAGCAGCAUUGUAAGUGCUAUCAAGUGGGGACGUCAUAUCUACCACACUGUCCUAAAAUUCAUGCAAUUUCAGUUUACUGUCUGCUGGGUUGCUGUUAUUGUGGUGAUCUUUGGAGCAGGUCUUGUGGGGAGGAGCCCAUUGGUAGCUACACAGCUGCUUUGGAUCAAUCUGAUAAUGGACACACUGGCCUGCUUUGCCUUAACAAGAGACACUCCCAUUGACAGACUCAUGAAUUACAAACCUUAUGGUCGUCACAAACCGCUGAUUUCUCGCACUUUGCUCCGCAAUGUGAUUGGUCAUAGCGUGUAUCAGCUGGUUGUCAUAUUUUUGUUGAUCUUCAAAGGAAGUGACUGGUUUGACGUUGCAGAUGGUUUCCAUUCAGAGACAUUGUGUAUGCCCACUCAACAUGCCUCCAUGGUGUUCACAACAUUUGUGCUCAUGCAGCUGUUUAACGAGAUCAAUGCUCGAAUGCUUCAAGAAAGGAACGUCUUCCUUGGAGUUUACAAAAACUUUGCUUUCCUCAUCAUAUGGUUUGGACAGUUGGCAAUGCAGAUUGCAAUAGUUGAGUUGUUCCACUCAGCCUUUCACGUGAAAGGCAUGGACUUGUAUCAGUGGAUGUGGUGCUUCUUUCUUGGCUUCUCCGAGCUCAUUUGGGCUCAGAUCAUCUUUACCAUUCCCAAAGAUAUUAUCCCUGAAGCAUUCCGCUGUAUUGCUGUAGGUACUCCCAAAGGCAGAGGCAUUGCUUACUAUAGGAGCAGCUCACGUGUUGAACAGCAGGACAGUGGUGUAGUCAACUCAUUGUUGAGUCCACUGGAUGGUGUUCUUGAGAUUGUGGAAGAUUGUCUCCUGGAAUAGCUGCCUUAAACAUACUGAUGGUACAGAAUGCUGUAUUUCGUUUACCUGGGGUGAAGCCUGGUCGAAGGGAAAUAUAAAAGGUAGUAAUUAGGGGAAAAAAACUGUCAAGAUUGGAGUUAGUUGAAAUGGUGCGUGCCACUGUUGUUUGGUGACGAUGUCACGUCGGUUACUGAGUAAUAGUUGUGAGAACUAUUCAUUUCCCAGAAAGAUAUAAAUGGGCUAUUACUCCCCAAAUACUGGGAAAGUUUUCUUUUAUUCAGCAGAGACAUAAGAUUAAUUUGCUAAUCAGUCAAUUAAAACUAGUUGGCGAGUUUAUCGUCAUUUUCAAGUUAGCUUUGUUGCUUUCCUAACUUUGGUAGUAGCUCUAAUAGCUUUGGUGCGUGCGUGUGCUGCGAGUUUUUGCUAGAAAUAAAAAGGAAGAAGAAUGUUUGUUUGCAGCCUUCGCCUUCGUAUCUUGCUGCUUUGACUUAUUUCCAUUUCAAUCGAGCGUUUGAAUAAGAUUCAUAGGAAAAGACUCGGUCUGUAUUUGAUUGCUUUUAUUAUGAAUAUACUAAGAAGCAGUUUUCGUCUGGAGAGAACUUUUCUUUAAUUAAGUACCUUUAAAGUUUGAAAAUCGUGGUAGAGUCAGUUCCCUAAAUUAUAAGGUUAUAGUAUCGUACCGUAAAUGUUAAAUCCAUCUUUUGGGUGCUCAGCACCGUUGUUAUACGCGAAUUUAAAAUGGUUCUUUAAUACAAUCGGCUUUAAAAGCUAACUAAAAUUUACGAUGUACUGCUUUUCAGUCUUUUAAGCCACAUUUUCUUAGCUCGAAAAUUUCAACUUAUUUAUAUAACAGGAAGAGUAUUUUGUUUGGUAAAUUUUUUUAAGGCCAAUAAAGACUUGAAUGGCAUGUUGAGAAUUAAAAUGCUUCGAUCGGGGAUACUGCUUUAUGAAGAUUAAACUGAUGUGUGGGGUCCAUGAUGAAUUAUUCUUCACAGCUUUUAAAUAAACUAUUCAAAAUGAAAAAAGAGAUUUGUAUUCUGACU